UCGUAAAGGAUUAUAAAAGAGCGAAAGAGGAGGCCACUGAAUUUUCAACACCCAGAGAAUUGGAGGUGUGAGAGGGACAGCACAUGGCUUCUUCAUGGCUCAAGAUUUUGACAGCACCGCUUCAGCUUCUUAUCGUCCUCCUCCACGUGGCUGCUUCUUCCUCCGUUUCCAGCCGCUGCUUCACAACCAUAUACAGCUUCGGAGAUUCCAUUGCCGACACCGGAAACUUAUACUUUGACAUCAACACCGAUCAUCACAUACCACCGUCGCAAUCUCUGGUAUUAAACCUUCCUUAUGGUGAAACCUACUUCCAUCACCCAACUGGAAGAUGGUCUAAUGGCCGCCUUAUCAUCGAUUUCUUUGCUGAGCACAUGGGAAUUCCGCUGCUGAAACCUUACUUGGGAAUCAAGAAUGGCAAGAUAAGAGAUUGGAAUCCCAAGGAGGAGGGAGUCAACUUUGCAGUUGGAGGUGCCACUGCUUUAGAUCCCAGCUUCUUCGUGGAUAAGGGUAUAAAUGAUAUUGCCACCAACUAUUCUCUCGGAGUGCAGCUAGAUUGGUUCCAACACUUGCUUCCUUCCAUUUGUAAUUCUUCUUCAGGCUGUAAAGAAGUUCUUGGAAAGUCUUUGUUUUUUGUUGGGGAGAUUGGUGGCAACGAUCUCAACCAUCCUCUCUUUCAGUAUAAGAGUGUAGAUGAAAUAAUGAGGACGUACGUGCCAAAUGUGAUAAAUGAAAUCUCUUCAACUAUCAAUAAAUUAAUUGAUGUGGGGGCUCAAACUCUAUUGGUUCCCGGAAACUUUCCUCUUGGAUGCACUUUCUUCUAUUUGAAUAUAUACCAUACUACUGACAUGGGAGAGUAUGAUAAUGCUGGUUGUCUCAAAUGGUUAAAUAAGGUUGCUAAAGAUUACAACAAGAAGCUUUAUGCUGAACUCAAUCGACUUCAAGUGCUUCAUCCACAUACAAACAUCAUUUAUGCAGAUUAUUAUCAUGCUGCCUUCUCAUUAUAUCAAUCUCCAAGCCUAUUUGGAUUCACAAAUUCAACUCAAAAUGCUUGCUGUGUUCCUGAAAAUGCGAAUUAUAAUUACGAUUCUUCGGUGCGUUGUGGAGAUCCAACGGUGAUUGCUUGUGAUGAUCCAUCCAAAUAUAUUUCAUGGGAUGGUAUACACUUAACUGAAGCAGCAUAUAAAUGGAUUGCCAAAGCUCUAUUGAAAGGUUUAUACACUAAGCCUAAAAUUAGUAUCUCAUCAUCAUGUGAUUCAGUGAUAUGAUGUUACCACAUUUACCCUAGUUUUGGUAUGUAUAUAUAUAUUAGCUCCUAUUUUUAAUUUAGAGGUUUUAAUAUUAAACUCUACCAUACCUUGAGAUCAGCCAUUGUCCUGUAUUGUUAUAUGUUCUCCCGAAAAAUAUUCCUACACAAGAAUUGGUCAUUAUAUUAA